CUCUCUGCUGGCCACAUGCAAGCAUACGAGUUUGAGUUGAUUCAUUUGCCUUUGGAAGCUUUAGCCAUGCAGACGUGGCGUAUACUCGUUAUGCUUAUUUUUCUGGAAUUUGUGGUUCCCUACGAGGCAGCCAAGUGCAAGGCAGCUCCCAAAUCUGUGCAGAAUGUACACAUUUGCUGUUCUGCGCCCAUGCCCAAUUGGGGAGUCUACAAUCGUGACUGUCAUAAUGCAGGCAGCCAAGCGAGCUGCCGCCUGGCCUGCAUUUUUAAUGCCAGCUCAGCUCUGCAGGGAACUCGCCUUGUCCAGAGCCAAGUUCGACCCAUGCUGGAGCGUGCCUUUGCUAGCGAAGCCACUAUCGAGGUCUACGAGUCCAACUUUGCCCGCUGCUCUUCGUUGGUCAGAAGCAAAUACCAGGAGUUGGCCCCUUUAAGUCGUCAGAGUGAUGCCUGUGACAGACACGCCCUCUUCUACAGCCUCUGCGCCUACGCCCGUCUGAUAUUCACCUGUCCGGAGAAGAUGUGGCAGCGAAACAACAAGAUGUGCCAGGAGGCCAAGACUUAUGCUAGAACUUGCUCCUGGCCAGCACUAAAAAUGUUUAUGAAAAACACUUAGCAAAUUCGAGGCAUUUUAUAAAUAUUAUAAAUGAAAG